UCCCGCGCAGGCGCAGAGCGGGCUCGGCGCUGGGAGGCGGAGGCGGAGGCCAUGGCGCUGAACAGGAACCACUCGGAGGGCGGCGGCGUCAUCGUUAACAACAGCGAGAAUGUUUUGAUGACCUAUGAUCACGUAGAAAUUACCUUCAGUGAUAUCGAACCUAUGCCAGAUGCCUUCAAAGGGACCAAGAAAGGGAGUGUUUUCCUGACUCCCUACCGAGUUAUCUUUGUAUCGAAGGGAAAGGAUGCCAUGCAGUCUUUUGUGAUGCCCUUUUAUUUGUUGAAAGAUUGUGAGAUUAAGCAGCCUGUCUUUGGAGCAAAUUAUAUCAAGGGUACAGUGAAAGCAGAGGCAGGAGGUGGCUGGGAAGGAUCGGCCACGUUCAAGAUGACCUUUGUAGCUGGGGGUGCUAUCGAGUUUGGGCAGCGUAUGCUGCAGGUGGCAUCACAAGUCUCCAGAGGUGAAAUCCCCAACGGAGCUUACGGCUAUUCCUAUAUGCCAAAUGGAUCCUAUGCUUAUGCACCACCUGCAGCUAAUGGUGGCUAUCCAUACCCACCACCUCCUCCUGAGUUUUAUCCUGGCCCCCCGAUGGCAGCUGGAGACAUGGGUUACAUGCAGCUCCCACCCCCGCCGUACCCAGGGCCCAUGGAACCCCCUGUCAGCGGGCCAGACCUGCCCUCCACUCCUGCAGCUGAAGCAAAGGCUGCUGAAGCCGCUGCCAGCGCUUACUACAGCCCAGUCAACCCACACAACGUCUACAUGCCCACGGACCAGCCACCUCCUCCUCCGUACUUCCCACCAGAGGACAAGAAAAACCAAUAAGCUAACAAGAGAACUUCUCCACAACUCAUUGCUUUCUUACUUCCCAUUUUGGCAGAAUCUUGGAGCAUGGUCCAUAGCACUGAGGAAUAGAGCCUUCCCUUGAGGCACAUAACUUUCCUGGACUCUAGUGGUAGAUAUGCACAGAGCAAGGGGAGCGAUUUCAGCAGCCUGGGUUACCUUGUAGAGCUCUGAGGGUUUCCAGUCCUACCACAGUAUUCCCUUUCCCUGUGUGCACCAUUGAUAGAACUGGAGUUUCUCUUCAUCUG